GUUUCUGACGCCCCCUGUUAAGGCCAGGACAUGUGCACAUAAUCUGUGAAGAUGAUGUGAGCCGUGUCUUUCGACAACAAAGGAUAAGGAAAGCACAGGGCACAGAUGGCAUUUCACCUGCAUGUCUUAGAUUCUGUGCUAACCAGCUGGCCCCCAUCUUCACACAGAUCUUCAACAGAUCACUGGAGCAGUGUGAAGUCCCAUGCUGCUUCAAACGUUCCACUAUCAUCCCCAUCCCAAAGAAACCAAAAAUCACAGGACUUAAUGACUACAGACCUGUCGCCCUGACGUCUGUGGUCACUGGACCCUUUCUAGAUUCCCUUCAAUUUGCUUAUUGAGCAAACAGGUCUGUGGAGGAUGCAGUCAACAUGGGAUUGCAUCAUAUCCUGCAACAUCUGGACAGACUAGGGACAUAUGCAAGGAUCUCUGUUCCCAUGUCUAUCUGUCAGUGAAUUACCAGCUUUCUGACAGACAGGCAGCAGCUUGUGAGACAGGGGAAACUCACUUCUAGCACCUGUACAAUCAGCACAGGUGCCCCCCAGGGGUGUGUGCUCUCCCCACUACUCUUCUCCCUCUACACCAACGACUGCAUCAUGAAGGACCCCUCUGUCAAGCUCCUGAAGUUUGCAGACGACACCACUGUCAUCUGCCUCAUUCAAGAUGACGAUGAGUCUGCAUACAGAAGGGAGGUUAAACAGCUGGCUGUCUGGUGCAGUCAAAAUAACCUUGAACUGAACACACUCAAAACGGUGGAGAUGAUUGUGGACUUUAGGAGGAACACCCCAACACUGACCCCCCUCACCAAUCUAAACAGCACUGUGGCAGCAGUGGAGUCAUACAGGUUCCUGGGCACUACCAUCUCACAGGACCUGAAGUGGGAGACCCACAUUGACUCCAUUGUGAAAAAGGCCCAGCAGAGGUUGUACUUCCUUCACCAGCUGAGGAAAUUCAACCUGCCACAGGCACUGCUGAUACAGUUCUACUCCGCAGUCAUUGAGUCUGUCCUCUGCACUUCAGUAACUGUCUGGUUUGGUUCAGCUACGAAAUCAGACAUCAGAAAACUACAAAGGACAGUUCGGACUGCUGAGAGGAUUAUUGGUUGCCCCCUGCCCCCCCUUCAAGAACUAUACACUUCCAGAUUGAGGAAAAAGGCUGGAAAAAUCACUUUGGACCCCACUCACCCUGCCUAUUACCUUUUUGACUGUUGCCUUCUGGCCUUCAAAGCUCUGAGCACCAGAACUGUCAGGCACAGGAACAGUUUUUCCCUCAGGCUAUCCAUCUCAUGAACAGUUAAAUUGCCCCACUGAGCAAUAACUAUGUGCAAUACACAGUUUAGUCUUUCUUAUAUUUAUCCAACCUCUUCUGCCAUUUCAUUCCUCUGGAGAAAAAAAAAAAAAAUGUGCAUUGUACAUAACAGAUUUGUAUUUACACUGUACAUAACAGAUUGUAUUAGAUUUGCACUACCCAUGUGUAUGUGUAUGUAUGUAUGUGUGUGUCUGUACGUAUGUGUAUAAUUUUUUUUUAUUUUUCAUUAUUAUCUAUGUCUUGCUGCUGUUUUUGUAUUGUUUUUGUAUUGUUGUACACUGGAAGCUCCUGUCACCAAGACAAAUUCCUUGUAUGUGUAAGCAUACUUGGCAAUAAAGCUGA